CCACUGUUCAAUCCAGAACAUAACAUAACCUAGAAACUAAAAUACGUGACUAUCGUAAUUCUGGGUUGAUGUUUGUGUUCGAUACCAAGCAUUUUCGACUAAUCAAAACAAGAACAACGAGUUGAAUCGAUUUAUCUGAAUCGAGAAUUGAAAUUAUCUGCCGUCUGCUUUGCGGCGGCAGGCAUGAUGUUUAUUUCAGAGGUUAUAUUACCAGAUUGCAUUUUAUUCAUUGGUUAAUUAAAAUUAACUAUUAAAAUAUAAUUCAUUAUUUACACUUACUCAAAGAUAUUAUUUUAAAAUGUCAUAAUAAUUAAUAUAAAAUGUAAAGUGAUGUAUUUGGGUUGCAUUGCACAAUGCACAUUGCAAAUAAAUUAUGGUUGAUUUGAAACAAAUUAAGGUAUGCCUGCUUCUUUAUGUUUAAUGUUUACAAUCACUGAAAUUUCAUGAACAUUAAUUUUUGAUACUUAUUCAAUAUAUCGGUAAAAUGACAAUGUAUUUUAAUAUCGAUGGUAAUAUGGUGCACUCAAAGCUAUUUCUCUUUCCAGUUUUUUUUUCAUCUGCACGCUUGGUCAUGCAAAAAAAAAGCUUGCACAUGCUCCUCUAUGCAACUUUAGGUUUGCUAAAGAGGGCAAUGGAAUUGAUAUUGUCAGAAAAUAUAGUUUAAUAUAGUCUCAACAUCAUUGUUAAGUUGUCAAUUAGAGCUUUGGCUGUACCAUCGAGUGAGCCGACAGCUGUUUGGAUUUUGGAGUUUUUCUCAGGUAGUUGAAGAUGUCAAGAACGACUCCUAUCUUCAAGAAGCGCGUUCCAGAGGAGUUGGCAGGCUUCAGGUGAAUUUCUGGUGGAAUAUAUUCGAAGAGGAAUAACAAACCACAAAGAAGAAAAAUGAAACUUCUGUGAGUGUUGAAUUUUAUUUAAUCGGGCUAUCAUGAUUUUUAAUAGAAGUAACUGUUUAUUCAAACAACUAUUGAUGAAUGGGCUUAGGAAUCGGAUCAAACAAAUCCCGCAGACUAUUAGUUAUUCGCGUUUGUGUUGUGAGAUGCAGGCCUUACAAAAUCAUUUCUCGAGUAAAACUUUCUCGUCUUAUCUUGUGAUUCGGAGUCCGAGUAAUUCAAACCUGAGAACUAUGUCUUCAAACAGAGUAUGUGAUGGUUCAGAUCAAGUUAAUACGUUAGACGAUAGUAAAGAUGCAGUAAACAGGUUUGAUGAGCUCUUUGAUGAUCUCUUUGUAGAGAAAGGGAUAGAACAAAAAGCGAUGGGAUAUAAUAUAUUUGUUAUACAACCGUAUAUCAAGUGGGGGGCCUCAAAAAAGCAGCUUACUACACCUGCAAACCAGCUGAACGAAUCAGUAGCGCUUAUUGAUACUCUGAAAGAUUGGGCAGUGGUCGGUACGGAAAUAGUUCCUUUAACUACUACAAAAAGCCCUCAAGUUUUUGGAAAAGGGAAAUUGGAGGCGCUGACUAAAAUAAUCAAAUCUGAUGAGAGUAUAACAGCUGUUUUUAUUAGUUUAAAUGUGCUAUCAAAAGUCCAACAAGAUUUUUUGGAAGAAACUUUUGGUUUGCCGGUUUUUGAUAGGUACUCAGUGGUGAUGAGGAUUUUCCGUGAGCAUGCUGUUACCAAAGAAGCCAAACUCCAAGUGGCCAUGGCAGAAAUUCCUCAAUUGUGGAGGAACUUAUCUUUGGAUAAGUAUCGGGCAAGAGGUGGAGAUUCGGAUGGAAGCUCCGGGGAGACUUUGUACGAGAUCAGGAAGAAUAUCAUUAAAGAACGUGAGGGCAGGCUGAGAGCAGAAUUGAAAAGUUUGAAGAAACAUCGCGAUUUGAUAAGAAGCAAAAGAAAGAAACGACAGUUCCCAACCAUUGCUGUUGUUGGAUACACUAAUGCUGGAAAGACGUCCCUUAUUAAAGCGCUCACACUAGAGCAACAGAUGCAACCAAAAAAUGAACUAUUUGCUACCCUUGAUGUAACAUGUCAUCUUGGUGUUCUACCUUCCAACAUCAAAGUUCUCUACAUUGACACGAUAGGUUUCAUUUCAGACAUACCAACCAUGCUAAUUGAGCCUUUCAUUGUUACGUUGGAAGAUGCACUAGAAGCUGACUUGAUUGUGCAUGUAAUCGAUGUGAGUAAUCCAGAUUAUGUGGCCCAAGCAGCCCAUGUUGAUGACACCUUGAAACAACUGAAUGUAGAUCAAAGUCUAGUGAAAAAUAUAAUCGUAGUAGCCAACAAAGUUGACUUACUAACAAAAAAACAGCUGCAAACUCUAGAAGGUAAUGGGAUGUUGCAAAUAUCGUGCGCAAAUAACAGUGGGUUAUCUCAGUUACGGGAUGAAGUGCAACGAAUUCUAUUGAAUGUAACAGAUCGAGUGAAGAUUAGAAUACGUGUAGCGAAUGGCGGACCUGAGUUCUCGUGGCUCUAUAAGGAGUCAUCAGUCGUCGAUGUUGUUAUGGAUGAAAACAACGGCCAAUUCAUCUUUAUGGACGUUAUAGUCACCAAAACAAAUUUGGAGAGGUUCAAGUUCGAAUUCAUUAUGAAAAAGAAACGUGAGCGAUUAAAAAGCUACAAAGACUAACUGCUUGUGCUCUCGUUCAAAAAUGUCAUUUACAUUCAUAUUUUCUGUAAAAUUGGAAACAUUUUUAUUAGAUCAUUUUUUUAUUCUUGAUCCGUCUUCUUCUUACUGUUGAUUAUAGUAAACAAUCAAGAGUAAAUAGUAAAAAAAAACAAAUUGUGUUAUUUGAGUUAUGUAACUUAACUGGAAUAUAUUUUUCUUAAAUUGA